AUGCCCUCGGGCACAACGCCGCCUCAACUACUUACCCACACCAAGUCUAGCCCACCUGGGCUGCAGGCCAAAGGGCAGAGAGCCCCAAAGCACAAGCCACACUGGCGGAGGAACCAGACACGCAAGCGACAGGAAAAGACCAGCUCCCCCAUCACUCCCACACGUGGAGGAAACCCGGACCCUAGCGGUAACAGAGUUAGUGGCAAGAGGGUGCAGGCCUCCAAGCCAGCCUGGGGCGGGAGGGACGGGACACCCCCACAGACACCCGCACAGCGGCGAGAAGCAGAACUCGAGCGCCGGACGUACACUACUUUUGCAAAGAAGGUAUCGGGUGAAAGAGACUCUGACAGGGGCCCAGUGAACUUGCUAUAAAGGGACACUGAAAAAAUGCCAUCCCCCCAAUGUGGCACAGACCAGCACAAGCUAUGCUCUUAUAACAUUUUUGGUUUCUUCUCAGCAUUAGCCGUACCUACUGUUCUCUCUACCUAUCGUGGGACUCAAGCUACAUUAAGCAUAGUUACCCAAUAUACCAAUAUAACCUCGCAAGUUUCCAUAUGCCACUUUAUCACACUGCUAUUGUGUCUUAAGCCUCAGUCCAUAACAUGUUACAACUAAUAGAAAAUAAUAAAAUUGACCAGCUUUUUACACAAGAUCUGCAAAUCACAUUAUGAGCAUGAGUGCACUUAUUCAUGUUGCUCGAAGUUAUAUGCAUACCUAACCUAGCAUGUCAUAGUAUUCUAAACAUAAAAAAUGUGCAAGGUAUCUCCAAGCCGUGUUUAUGUUGCAUCAAAUGAAAAUAGAGCUUGUGAAAGCUAUUGUGGCUGUGCAAGAACUGUUGUAAUUCUCAUGCACAACAAAAAUAAAAAAUUCAAAAAAAAGGGGGAAGGCUUGCAAAGGCUUUAGACAAUAGAUCUGCAGGUUUUGUAAGCUGUUUUUAGAUAAACCUUUAAUGGAAAAUUGCAUAACUAAAUGCAUGCAUGUUUUCAUUAGUGCAAAUACACAAUUAACUUAGUGGCACAAGUUAAAUUGUACCAAAUGUAAUAUACAUACAGCCACUACAAUGUAAAUUUUCAAAUCACAAAACGUUUAUUAACUGUUUGUAUGUUAAUUAACUCUUAAUGUCAGGGUAUUUUUGGUAAUAACAGGUCACGCUUAUAGCCGUCACAGAAAACACAACGGCAACAUAAAAUUUUAUAUAGUAGACAUCACAGGCUAUUUACCAAGGGUAAUUUGACACUUAUUAUGUAGCCAUUUCACUGCCAAUCUCUGCUAAAUAUUGGAGUAAGAUUUAGUUUUUUUCCCCCUGAUUUUCAGCAUACACAUAUAUAACAAGGUUUUUUUUUUUUUUUACCUGUAUGUUGUAAACAUGAGUGCUACUACUGUGCAUAAUCCCAUUAUGUGCUCAGCUAUAUCCUCUGAAUACAAUGAUACCUCCAAUUUAUGCAUCUGCCAAUAUCCUGUGAAGCUAUAGCCUCAUAUAAGAGACCUGACCAUUUCAGUCUUUACAAUCGGAAUUUAAGAGAUGGGUUUAUGAAUCAUUUUGGGGCGUUAUAGCAGUUUGAUUGUUCAAAUGACCCCAUAAAGGCCUACCAUUUGUGGAAGUAUACACUACAGAUUAUCUCAUAUUGUGAAUAUUAUGCCUUAACAUUUUUCCACUUCACCAGUUUGUCAAAGUUUGUGGUAAAAAAAUAGUUUUGCAUUUUUUAUAUAAACAUUUCAUAUUAAACUGGCAUUUUUCAAAUCUAAUAAGGGCCACUGCAAUCAGAUUCCCUAAUUAUGCUCAGCAUACUCUUUUGAAUAAAUCAGUACCCCCAAUGUAUGUCUUUGGCACUGUCUUGCAAAGUUACAGUGUCAGAGACCUGACUAUUUCAGUUUUUACUGGGGGGGGGUUAUGGAUAAUUUGACGAGCAUAUUCCAUAUUUUGGGGGGCAUUGUAGGAGUUUGACACUUAAAGUUACCCUAUAAAUGCAUACCAUUGUGCUUGGCUCUGUCUCCUAAGCUCAGAAUGCUCUGUCUCCUGAGCACUUCAUAUACCCUUGUCAAGUAUUUUGUGAAAAUCCAGAGCCGGAUUUAUAACCUGCCCAAUAGUAGUAUUUAAAAAAAAAAAAAAAAUAUAUGAAAUGGCAAAUUAAAUUUGAGGUGGGGUAUUUUAGUAGCUCAAAUAUUUAAAUUACUCCAUAAAUGCAUACCAUUCGCUAAAUAUAUCAAAUGAUAUAUUUUUAGCUUUACUGACGUGCCAUUUUUUUUCUUAUGAAAAUGUUGAGAUAGACAACGAUACAUAUAAUACUUAGCCCACCAAUACGUUAUUGGAGAAUUUUGACAUAGAGGUGUGCUAGUCAUGAAAUUAUGUUUUUAUAAUGUGACAAGAUAUCAAAUUUUCUUGUGGAUUACAACAUGCCGUGAACAUGUUGUUAAAAAGCCGCCGUAUUGUGCAGUAAGGAGCCCCUCUUUAUCCUGGCAAUGGCAUAUUGUUUGUUUAUUAGGAUAUUAAGUGUAAGGAGCUUACGGCAUCUUUGUUUUCCACAUACUAAGACCAUUGUAGUGUUUAAUAGAUCUCUUAUGUGUAUUUUUUGUUUCCUGCCUUCUAGUCUGUUAAUCCUUCAAAAUGUAUGUAUGCUAAAAUGGACUCUUAUUAAUUUAUGAUAAUAGCAUUUUCCCGUCUUUCUGUUUCAGCUAGAAUUUGCUUCACUCCUUCACAUUGUAGAAAACAGGGAUUUAACAGACGAUAUUUACAAAGGUAAGUGAAACAUGUUUUCUACAUUUUUAUAACUAGAGAAAUUACAGUUUGUCUGAGCAGUGACAUUCCUGAGUACUUCAAAAGGUGUUAUCAAUAUUCUGUUGGUGACAGUUAUAUUUUAAUUUACUGCAGUAAAUGAUAUUGGAUUGUUAAUGGAGAACAUGAAGUGGAGGUAAGUAAACCUGACUAACAUUGUCUAUGAUAUUCCUGCUGUCAUUUGCAGUUAAUGUUCUACAAGGCUGUGAAUGAUGGCAUACAAGGGAUCAUGGGAACUUACUUACAUCAUGCCUUUCUGUGCUUUUACAUAAUGGCAUUUAAAGGAAGCAGCCAUUGCCCAGCUUCUGUGCCAGAAGUACAUUAUUUUUAUCUACCUUUGCUGUCUAUUUUCUUUGUUUUUUGUUUUCUUAAGAACACAUCUUUUUUUUUUUCUUCUUCAGUUGCUCUUCAAUAUAAUAUGUACUGCAGUGAAGAAAUCAUAUCUUUGCUAAUAUAA